AUGGGAAAGGAUACAUUCGAGCUCGCGGGCCAGCAAUGGCCCAAGGUGACUUGGUACAAGAUGAAGGGCAUGCGCUUUGUCUAUCUCACUCUCUGGGCGGCGAUGAUCACCUCCGCCACCAAUGGAUACGAUGGUUCGUUGAUGAAUGGAUUGGAAGCUAUGGAAUCAUGGAACGAAUCCUACAACUUCCCUAACGGAUCCACCCUUGGGCUUCUCGCCGCGUCCAUGUCAAUCGGUUCGAUGCUCUCCAUCCCUGUGGUGCCAUAUGUUGCAGAUGUUUUCGGUCGACGCGCUGGUGUGGUUACCGGCUGCAUUAUCAUGCUGUUUGGUGUCGCCAUGGUCUCUAUUGGUUACCACAUUGCCUUGUUUGUGGUCGGUCGCAUUGUCCUGGGAUUCGGACUUGGAAUCGCGCAGGAAUGCUCCCCGUUGCUGGUGACUGAGCUGGUUCACCCCCAGCACCGCGCUGUCUAUAGUUCCAUUUAUAACUCCCUGUGGUAUGUGGGAAGCUUGAUUGGCGCAUGCGUCGCUCUGGGCACCAACCACAUUAUUGGAAGCCAGUGGUCGUGGCGCGUACCAUGUCUUCUCCAGGGUAUUCCCUCUAUCUGCCAGCUGGUCUUCAUUUGGACUGUCCCCGAAUCUCCCCGCUGGCUCGUUUCCAAGGGAAAGCUUGAGCAGGCUAAGAAGGUGCUUGCCUAUGUCCACGCCCAGGGCGACGAAGAUGACGCUUUGGUCAAUGUGGAAUUCGACCAAAUCCAACAAACUAUCGCGCUGGAGAAGGAGCUGGAGAAUAACGGCUGGUCUGAAUUCUGGUCUACCGCUGGAAACCGACACCGCUCGAUCAUUCUCAUCUCCAUCGGUUUCUUCUCCCAGUGGUCUGGAAACGGAAUCGUGUCUUACUUCCUUCCCAAGGUUCUGGACAUGAUCGGAAUCACCAACAGCAACACACAACUCACCAUCAACCUGAUCCUCAGCGCCGUCAACGUCGUCUCCGCAACGGGUAUCUGCUUCUUCGUCGACUUCUUCGGCCGUCGCAGACUCUUCCUGUUUUCCAGCUGCAGCAUGCUUGCGUGCUAUGUUGCGACUACUAUCGCGCUGGCUCGUUUCUCCGCCGAUACCACAGGUAGCAACGAGAGCGCGGCCCGCACCGUCGUCGUCUUCAUCUUCCUCUACUACAUCUCGUACAACAUCGGUUUCAGCGGCAUGCUCGUCUCAUACUCGUCUGAGAUCCUGCCCUACCGUCUCCGUGCCAAGGGUCUGACUCUCAUGUUCUUCUGUGUUGAUCUCAGUCUUUGGUUCAACCAGUACGUCAACCCGAUCGCCAUCGAGGCCAUUCACUGGAAGUAUUAUAUCUUCUACUGUGUGUUCUUGGUCUUUGAGAUCUUCGUCGUGUGGAAAUACUACAUUGAGACUAAGGAGAUUCCCUUGGAGGAGAUUGUUAAGAAGUUCGAUGGUGAUAAUGCUAUUCUGGGUGGCGCUGCUGCUAGUGAGAAGAUUCAGCAGAUUACUGGUCAGGCCACGGAGGCUAGCCGGUUUGAUGGCGAAAAGGCUAUCACUACACAGGUUGAAUAUCGCGUUUAA